AUGGCUGCCACUGCUUCUGCCCCCCAACUAGAUGGCCUCAAGAAGUCCGCUCCAGUCCUCCCUCAAGGACCCCAGUUGAGCGGCCUGAAUCUGUACUCGCGAUUCGCCUUUGCUGGCGCUGUCUGCUGUUCAGUCACCCAUGGCCUCCUCACACCCGUCGAUGUCGUCAAGACCAAAAUCCAGCUUGACCCCAAGACCUACAAUAGAGGUAUGAUUGGAGGAUUCAAACAGGUUGUUCAGAAUGAGGGUGCCGCUGCCCUGAUGACCGGUUUCGGUCCCACCGCUGCUGGCUACUUCUUGCAGGGAGCCUUCAAGUUCGGUGGUUAUGAGUUCUUCAAGAAACAGUCUAUCGACUACCUUGGCUAUGAGACUGCCGCCAAGAACCGGACUGCUGUCUACCUCGCCUCAUCUGCCCUUGCUGAAUUCGUCGCUGAUAUCGCCCUCUGCCCUCUUGAGGCGACUCGCAUCCGUCUCGUGUCGCAACCUGGCUUUGCCAAUGGUCUUAUUGGUGGUUUCGGAAAGAUCCUCAAGAAUGAGGGAAUUGGUGCUUUCUACUCUGGUUUCGGUCCCAUCCUCUUGAAACAGGUCCCUUACACCAUGGCCAAGUUCGUCGUUUUCGAGAGAGUCUCCGAAGCUAUCUACGGCCAACUCGACAAGGAAAAGCUCUCUGAUAGUGCUAAGACCUCCAUCAACUUGGGCUCGGGUCUUAUUGCUGGUCUCGCUGCUGCCGUUGUCUCCCAGCCUGCCGACACAAUGCUUAGCAAGAUCAACAAGACCGAGGGACUCCCAGGUGAAGGAACUGUGUCUCGUUUGGUCAAGAUUGCCAAGGAACUCGGACUUAAGGGUAGCUUUUCUGGUAUUGGUGCUCGUCUCGUCUUGGUUGGUGCCAUCACAGCCGGCCAAUUCGGCAUCUACGGUGAUAUAAAGCGAGUGCUCAACGCCACGCAAGGUGUAGAAUUGAAAUAA